CCGCGCGAGGCUCCGUCGCCGCAGGCCGGCGGGACGCGUCAGCCCGGCAGGCAGGCGGGGAGCGGCCGGCUGGCAGCGGAGCGGGACCGGCGGCGGCCGGAGGGCUACAGAUGGCGGCGGCGGCGGGACCGGCGGCGGCGGCGUCCUACGCCAACCUGAAGCUGCAUAUAACACCAGAGAAGUUCUAUGUGGAAGCCUGUGAUGAUGGAGCAGAUGAUGUGCUGGCUAUUGACAGAGUCUCCACAGAAGUCACUCUUACAGUUAAAAAAGAUGUUCCCCCUUCAGCUGUGACAAGACCUAUAUAUGGUAUUUUGGGAACAAUACGGUUGGUGGCAGGGACAUAUCUUAUUGUAAUAACAAAAAAGAAGAAAGUAGGUGAGAUUUUCAGUCAUGCAAUCUGGAAAGCGACAGACUUUGACAUCCUCUCCUACAAAAAGACCAUGCUGCACUUAACUGAUAUUCAGUUACAGGACAAUAAGGUAUUUCUAUCAAUGAUUAGUCAUGUUUUGAGUGUGGAUGGGUUUUACUUCUCAACAACUUAUGACCUAACACACACCCUGCAACGAUUAGCCAACACCAGCCCAGAGUUCCAGGAGAUGAGCCUAUUGGAGAGGGCAGAUCCACGGUUUGUAUGGAAUGGGCAUCUUCUUAGAGAAUUUGCUGCUCAACCAGAGAUCCAUAGAUUUGCUACACCAGUGAUGCAUGGAUUUAUUUCUAUGCACUCUUGUUCUAUCAAUGGCAAGUGUUUUGACUGGCUGCUUGUUUCCAGAAGAAGCUGUUUCAGAGCUGGUGUACGCUAUUAUGUAAGAGGUAUCGAUUCAGAGGGGCACGCAGCUAACUUUGUUGAAACUGAGCAAAUUGUGCAUUACAAGGGGAGCAAAGCAUCAUUUGUUCAGACCCGCGGAUCAAUUCCUUUUUUCUGGUCUCAGAGACCAAACCUCAAGUAUAAACCAAAGCCGCAGAUCAGCAAGUCAGUAAAUCAUAUGGAUGGCUUCCAAAGACAUUUUGACUCGCAAAUAAUCAGCUAUGGAAAGCAGAUGAUUGUUAACUUGGUUAACCAAAAGGGUUCUGAGCUGCCUCUGGAGCAGACAUUUGCAAAAAUGGUGAACAGCAUGGCAAAUGGAAUGGUCAGAUACAUAGCAUUUGACUUCCAUAAGGAGUGCAGUCGGAUGAGAUGGGAUCGGCUGCAGAUUUUACUGGAUCAACUAGCAGAACAGCAAGACGAGUUUAGUUAUUUUCUAGUUGAUUCGGAUGGUAAAAUCGUGACUCAGCAGGAAGGAAUAUUCCGCAGUAACUGCAUGGACUGCCUGGAUAGGACAAAUGUGAUUCAGAGCUUGUUAGCACGCCGAUCUCUACAAGCCCAGCUUCAGAGGCUAGGUGUCUUGCAUGUUGGACAGAGAAUUGAGGAGCAAGCAGACUUUGAGAAAAUCUACAAAAAUGCGUGGGCUGAUAAUGCUAAUGCUUGUGCCAAACAGUAUGCUGGGACUGGUGCCUUAAAGACAGAUUACACAAGAACUGGGAAGAGGACUCAGUGGGGCUUAAUAAUGGAUGGCUGGAACUCAUUAAUACGUUACUACAAAAAUAACUUUUCUGAUGGAUUUAGACAAGAUGCUAUUGAUCUCUUUCUGGGAAAUUAUUCAGUGGAUGAAGUAGAAUCUGCUAGUCCUCUACAUGUCAAGAAAGACUGGAAGUUCUUAGCUUUGCCUAUUAUUAUGGUGGUUGCUUUCUCCAUGUGCAUCAUUUGUUUGCUAAUGGCUGGUGAUACAUGGACUGAGACACUGGCCUAUGUACUUUUCUGGGGAACUGCAAGCUUUGGAACUUUUGCCAUCAUCCUUUACAAUGGCAAGGAUUUUGUAGAUGCACCCAAGCUGGUCCAGAAAGAGAAGAUGGACUGAAUUUGUGUGUGUGGAAAGCGGCUUGGUACUGAGGAUUCCUCAAGCCACACUUGGAGUCUCUACUGACCUGCUUUCCACACUAAAUAGUGGUCUUAUGGACAUUCUUCAUUGGCAGCGCUGGAGGGGGAGAGAAACAGUCUCAGUUGCAAUGGUCUUUGGAAUAUUGCAUUAGUGAAGGGCCUGCACCCACUUUACUGAGAAUUCAAUGGUUAAGGGCAGCUUUUCGGUUUCUGGAAUGCUGUAGAGUGCAAAGUGAAUGGCUUAAACUCAUUGUACGUGUGUGCAGUUCUGACUGAACUUCGGUUGGCAGGAGAGAGCUCUGCUGUUCAUGUGUCAAAAUACCCGGAUGUUAAAGCGGUAAUAAGAGCUUCUAAUUGUGUUCUCUGACCAAAUAAGGCUUCAUAACAACAGAAAGUCUUGUUCCAAGGCUCGUAGCUGGAUUGCUUUUGCUGUGGUAAGGUCCAAGUCCUUCAUGCAUAUUUGUGUGGGGUUUUUUUUCACUAAAUAUUCAGGAUUUUUUGAAUCCUAGUGCUCCUCCAGAAUGACCUUUUUGUCCUGUGUUGUCUAUGACUGAUGCAAUAUUCUGCUAAUCAUUGUUUGAGUGAGAGUUGUAAUUGGAUGCUCCUGAAGUUGCAAACGUCUUGCACUGUUUCAGUACUGCAGUCUCCAGAUGAUGAUUCAUUAGUUAGCUCAUGAAAAUACCUUUUUCUUUUUUUCUGAGGAUGUAAAUGAAAUCAAAGAAUGUAAAACUCCUUGCGGGGUUUAUCGAACCCUCCUUAUGCUAAAGGCCCAAAGUACUCCAUCACUUCAAGAAUGGUUGCAAUGCAAAAGGUGAACUUGGUAUUGUUUUCCUAAUCAGCUGCCUCUGUUCUUUUUGUUCUUGUUGUUGGAAUAAUUUACAAAAAAAGGAGUAUGAAUCGGAGGAGGAAAUAUCACCCUAAUGCCAUGUUGCACUUGGGAGCAGCUUCUUGCUUUUCAUGCAUGAUGAUGUAACACACUUUAAAGGAAAAAAGUUUUUUAAAGCUACAAAAUAACAUGUGCUGGUUAACAAUAAAUGUGUGUCUUUAAAUUUA